CAACCCCACCAUGAAAUUUACACCAUCAACGUUCCCAAGUGCAACCCUAACUGCAACGAAAACCCUCACCCGACCAAGUUCUCCUUCUCUCACUCGAUUUCUUCUUCCGCUGCCUCCUCUCCCUUUCUCUCACUCGAUUUCUCCCCCCCGCAUUCUCUCACUCGAUUUCUCUCCCUGCAUUCUCUCCCCACCUCUCCACCCAAUUCUCCCUGGUUAAACUCAAAUCGAAAUCCAGCGCAUGCGCUUUUUUCAAUUCAGUUCGACCCUAUUAAACAGUCGCCUAUACGCUACUACCUUUUAUUCCACCAUGGCAUCCAUCCAGUAUCCUAAAACCUAUGAGGUUUCGUUCCGCUUCCCAUUCCUUUUCCCUCGCUAGCUGACAAUGAGAAUUAGGGCGCUAUCGCCGCUCUGAAUACUUUGCAGUCUAAUUUCGCAAUAUUGGAGGAGAUUCGGAAAUCCAAUCAGGAUAUGAACAAGAAGGCAAUCGCUGAAAUGGCCGAGUCGGUUCGCCAGUUGGGAUACCAGGUUAUACCCCCUCUUAGGCUUCCGUUCGGUACCCGCUAACCCCCAUCCCGCCAGCCUUCCGAUUUUGAUAAGUUGAAUGUUAUCCAUGUCGCCGGCACUAAGGGUAAAGGGUCCACCUGCGCCUUCACGGCCUCCAUUCUAGCUCAAUAUAAACCCCUGGGAGGUGCAGCCUCCAAGCUCGGGUUAUACACCUCCCCACAUCUCCUUGCCGUUCGUGAACGCAUUCAGAUUGAUGGAGCCUCGAUUUCCGAAGCGCUUUUCGCAAAGUACUUCUUCGAAGUUUGGGAUAGACUUGAAGCUUCGGCCGUCAGAGAGGGACGCGAUCCAACCAUCAAACCCGUUUACUUCCGCUUCCUUACCCUGGUCGCUUUCCACACUUAUCUCUGUGAGGACGUUAAAACCGCUAUCUUCGAGGUCGGCAUCGGUGGCGAGCAUGACUCCACCAACAUUAUCCAGAAACCCACCGUGGUUGGUAUCACUAGCUUAGGAAUUGACCACACAAACGUACUGGGUAACACAAUCGAGGAGAUUGCCUGGCAUAAGGCUGGCAUUAUCAAGCCUUCUGCCCGUACUCUCACGGUCCCACAGCAGCCAUCUGCUUUGGCGGUGAUCCAGAAAAGGGCUAAUGAAAAGGGGUCCACGGUCGAAGUCGUGCACGUUCACCCUCAAAUCAGGUCUCGUGAGGUCAAGUUGGGUCUUCCAGCACAGUUCAUGAAUGGUAAUGCCUCUCUAGCAGUUGCGCUUGCAGCCGAGCAUUUGACCCUACUUGGAAUGAAUCCCGGGAUCAUUGAUGGGAAACUGCCUCCAAGAUUUGUCAAGGGACUCGCCGAGGUCGUCUGGCCCGGCAGAUGCCAACUUGUUAAGACGGGUGCAAUCGAAUGGUGUAUCGAUGGCGCUCACACCGUUGACAGUUUGGAAGUUUGCGGAAAGUGGUUUGGAGCCAGGGCCGCCGGGUAGGUGUCUCCCUCAUGCGGAUCUGAAGUUACCUGCUGAUCCUGACUAUACGCUUUUGCCGGAACAGCAUAAACAAACGCGUCCUCAUAUUCAACCAGCAGAAACGUGACUCUGAUGCUCUGAUCAACGCCUUGGCCGGUUCCCUCCAAGAAAUCCUAGGGGUCAACACGAGGAUAUUUGAUGAAGCCAUAUUCUGCACCAACAUGACCUUCAAGGAGAGAAGCCAUAAAGCUGGUUAGUCCGUCCAUGACUAUCACAAACACGAUGCUAACCAAAACUUAGAUCUCGUGAGUGUCGGAACGGAUCCUAAAGCUUUGGAAAAUCUCUCGGUUCAAAAAAAGCUUGCAGAAGCUUGGGUGGAUGCGGAGCCGGGUACCAGGGCUACACACGUAGUUCCAACCGUCGAGGAUGCUCUUAGGAUCGUUAGCACCUUGAGUCACAAAGCGCCUGUCCAGGUCUUGGUCACUGGGAGUUUGCACCUUGUUGGCGCAUUCUUGGAAGUUUUGGGCCAAAAAUACCCGCACCAGGUUAAGCAGCCUCAUACGCAGUGAUAGACCUUUUUCCAGCAUAUGGCGGUUAAUCAAAUCAUGUAUCCUCUCUAUGUUACUGUAUAAAAACACUGCCGACAGACUACGGAAUCAACCAAAAAAUAGAUAUUUUGUAGCCUGUCCAAUCUUUCCAAAAUUUUACCGU